AUGUCGGCCACCACUCUGACUCAGACGACGAUCAAAACCCAGUGGCUCACUGCCUGCCAUCAUCAGCCUCUCCUCGUCCCCAUCCAGGCCCCGCCCGCCGACCUCAAGCGCAGGGCCACCCCGCUCCGCUGCUCGGCCCGGCUCAGCAGCCAGACCCACCCCCAGAGCCCGGCCGCCACAUCCGGCCUCUCGCCUCCCCCGCCCAAGAGCAAGCGCCGACGGGCGAGCUCCAAGCACUGCAGGGCCGCCGGCUCCCAUCCAAGCACUAGCCCGCUCAGCCUGUCCAUCCCACACUCGGCCCUCACUGCGACCGCCUUCGGAGCUCCGGGAACCGUCUCCUCGACACUUUCAGUGUCUGUCGAUCCGAACCAGCCUGAUCCUGCGCCGGCUCGCCCAGCUCGCAAAAACCCUUUCCCAUCCUUAAAACCCCUGCAAGCCCUUUCGCCCAUCGCCGACAACCCCAGACAACAGCCCAAGCUCUCGUUCGCAUUUUUCUCGCAGCCACACCGUCCACCGCCGCUGCUCCUCUCCUUCCCAGCGACACCGCUCCCCGCCCAGUUCGUCUUCCAUUUCCCCCUGCCCACCCCUGUCCGCCACCUCCCGCCACCCCAUCCUGGCCAGCGCCACUCGGUCCCUCUCCCCGCACCCACGGCCUAUCACUUGCAGCCGUUUCCCACCUGGUCCAUCACAUCGCCAUCCUGCAGGCCUCAAAGCAAGCGGCGACUGGCCUUGCCGCAAGCCCAUCACGUCCGCUCCAAGAAGAUCAAGCUACACCACUCCUUCUUUCGCUCUCCGCAGGUGCUCUACCCAGUGAACUACGCCACGAGCACCCCCGGCUCGUUCGCAUUGUCGUCUCGCUCCAAGCCGAUCGAGAAGCCGAAGUGGCUCCACACCUCUGCUGCUGCUGACGGGCAAUCGAGCAAGAUGCGCCCCCGCGAGGCGCAAUAUACCGGCAAUCCGGAGAGCUGGAUCAUCCAGUCCAACCACAGGCCCAGGUCCCCCCUGAGCGCCUCGAAAGUCCCGAAGUUUGUCCCUCUGGCCAAGCCCCACGGCAUGUCGCACGCCGCUUCCCCUGCUGGCCCCCAAGUCGCACCACUGAAGGCUCAGCUGCUGGCGGUCUUGAGGAUGCAUUCGAACCACCAACCUGGUGAAGCAGCUCUGCGACUGAAAAAAUGGGUGAUCUGGAACUCAUGGGUGCGCGGCUGUGCGCAGAUGCGCUACUACCCGAUCGCCAAUCCGAGCCCCCCAAACACGCGGGUCAUUGCCCGCUCGCCCUCCCCGAAGGCCAGCGGAUCGUCCAGUGACGGCCAGCGUGGAGACGAGGACCCGACAGGCCAGGCGGAGGCGCCGAAGCCGACCACGAGACGGACGGACCAGAAGCCCCAUCCGGCGGCCCAACACGCCAGCAGACGCGCCCCGGCCGCCCGCAGGAAAUCGCCCCCCGCCCCCAAGAGCCACACCGUCAUCAAGCUCAAGAUCCCCGCGAAGACUGCCACCCCCCACCCAAACCCAAUCCACCCUACACCCCCUCUUUCCCCCGUCUCCCCCAGUCAACCACCGUCGGCACACACUAAGCCUGUCGCCCCCGGCCCCGCGCAGACCCAUCCCGUCUCCACAGCCACCCAAAACCCGCUCACCCCGCCGCCCUCGCCUCCCAACCACUGA